ACAGUAGAUGGCAGUUUACAAUAAGGUUUGAGCGAUAAUAUUUCCUUGUUCUCAACAAUAGUGUAACAAGUGAUAAAAUAAAUUAAUAGAAAAGUUGAAUAAGUAAAUGAAAUGAUUUUGAAAAUGAUUUGAAAAUUGAAAAAAUGUAAAAACUGCUCGAAAAGCAAUUGGGUACAGAAAAAAGUGGUGUCCUCUUGUGAGGUCUGAAUAGAACUAAGGUUAGAUGUGCGUCUUUUCGCGGUAAUGAGCUGUUGCUCUGUAAACUAAGUUGUGUUUUGUCAAUAAAAACAUUGUUAAUUAUUUGCAAAAUAAGAAAUAAUAAUUAAAUGUGAUUCUGUUGAAACGCCAUUACCGCCACCUGCAGUCGCAUCAAGGCGAAUUCUCGAGGCCCAGCAGGAGUCGUCGACGACGAUUGGGUGACGCUUGUACUCAACAGCAGCACGGUUUUACGUGAAUAAUAAAUUUUUGGAUUAACCUAAUAACUCGUAAGCUUAAAAAAUUGGAAGUUUUCGAAUCAAAAAAUAUCUAAAGUGAAUUAAUAGUGAAUGAAUUUUGUUUAUUAGUAUCUGGUGAGCCGGCAGAAAUUGUGAACACUCGACAUGGCGGCGUUUCCGUUGACCAAUCAGAGAUCGUCUCUCUAAAGCAAUCGUCAAUCUACCUUAGCUUAUCCCCCUUUACGCUUUUCCCUCGCGUCAGUGAGUGCUCGUUAAUUUCGUUUUUGUCUCGGUUGGUGAGCUACAAGAGAAGUGAAAGAGUGCGUUAGUGAGACGUCUGAAAUUUUUUUAGACUAUUCAAGACCUUGUGAACAGAUAAUUAUUAGAAAAUAGUGUCUUCUAAAAGUACGGGACACCAUGGAAAGACUCUGUUUGGUCACAUGACAAAUGUGCAAAAAAAUGGCGCAAAGAUCAGAGUACAAACAUGGGUUAUCCUUUAUUGCCGCGAUAUCAAGCGUAUUUGUUUACAAGCGCGGGCUUUCAUAAGCCACGUGUUACGUGACGUGAGUGUAAUUGACUGUAUACCUAAUUGAUAUUGUUAAGAACGUAAAAUGACUGGACGAGGAACAGGUAAACGGCGGGGACGACCGCCCAAGUCGGUGGUGAUGGAGAGACCGAAAAAAUUUCAACUUCAUAUGCUGAAAAAGCCUAAAUAUUUACAAAAAGAUUCAGAAACACCAAGUUCACAACCAAGUACGCCUACUGCAUCAAGAGCAGCAUCUCCAGUCGAAAGUGAUGGAAGCAAACGUAGUACCAGGACUAGAAGACCUCGAGGUGGUAAAUCACGUAAAGGUGGACAUGCUGGCCCUUAUUCACGUCGAGGUUAUAAUACUAAUGUUGAUUACAAUGAUUCUGAGUAUCAUUAUGGAUCUGAUUUUGGUGAUGAAUCUAGUGAAAAAAGUGACAUUGAUGAUGAUCCACUCCAAACUGAUGAAGAAUCCUCAGAGACACUUGAAGAGCCAGAUCCUUCUAGUGAUAGUGAUUUUUCGUUAUCUAGUUUUAGCAAUACUAGUGGGACUCCACGAAAAUCACUGUUAGGUCAACCAAGACCACCUAGUCCAGAACCUCUUUGGCUUCAAAACCGUGAACUCCCGCCAUUAGAACUUCCUAAAUCAUCAGAUGAUCUUUUGAUAGCUAAAGAAUAUGUUAUGCCAUGCUUAUCCAUCUAUGAAGUUUUGAGGCAUUUUAGAUCACUUGUACGAUUAUCGAGCUUUAGGUUUGAAGACUUUUGUGCCGUUAUUAAUUGUGAAGAUCAAACUAACCUUCUUGCAGAAAUUCAUAUAAUGCUAAUUAAAGCUUUAUUGAGAGAAGAAGAUUCUCAACAAACACAUUUUGGUCCUUUAGAUCAAAAAGAUUCUGUUAAUGUGAGUUUAUAUUUUGUUGAUUCCAUGACUUGGCCUGAAAUCUUGAGAUCUUACGUAGAAAGUGAUAAACAAUUUGAUCAAAAUAUUUUAAAUAUUCUUACCAAUACUGAAUAUCCAUUUACUACCAUUGAAAAUCGUCUUAAAGUUCUUCAGUUUCUUACUGACCAAUUUCUCAUAACCAACCCAGUACGUGAAGACUUAAUUCAUGAAGGUAAUAUGCAUUAUGAUGAUCAUUGUAGAGUUUGUCAUCGUCUUGGAGAUUUAUUAUGUUGCGAAACAUGUCCAGCAGUUUUUCAUUUAGAAUGUGUUGAUCCACCUCUAGUUGAUGUACCUACGGAAGAUUGGCAGUGUAGUACCUGUAAAGCUCAUAAAGUUACUGGUGUUGUUGAUUGUGUGCCUGAUGUAGAAAAAAAUGGAUUACUUUGUCGUCAAGAACACUUGGGAUUUGAUCGUCAUGGCAGAAAAUAUUGGUUCUUAGUACGACGUAUUUUCGUUGAAAGCGAAGCUGGUGAAGUAUGGUAUUAUAGUACACCUUUACAGUUUGAAGAGCUAAUGAACAGUUUAGAUAAAAAUGAAAUGGAAGUUGCUUUGUAUAGAGAAUUAUCCGAUUAUAAAGAUGAAAUUAUUCGUCAAAUGGAGUUAACAGAAUCUUUAACAAAUCAAUUUAAAGGCAAUAAAAAAUCUUACUUUGAAGUAGAAAAUGCAGCAAUAUUAAAAAAAAGAAAAGAAUUACAAGAGAUGAAAGAAAAAGAAGAAGCUGAGAAAAAAGAAAAAGAACGUCAAGGUAAUGACGAAGAUGAUAAAAAACCUGAUAAUAUUGAAUCAGGUGGUGGUGAAAAAUCUGAGGAAAAAAGUAAUGAAAAUACUGAAGAAACAAUUGGCGAUAGUGAAGUGUUUCCAAGUCAAUCAUCAGAUAAGCCAAAAUCUUCAUCAUCUUCUGAAGCAGGUGACGAUGAGGAUGGUGAAGAAAAAAUUGGUAAAGAUGGUAAAAAGCAUACAAUUUUAACAAGAUCAAAAACAGGCUCAUUAACCCCAAGAACUUUUAACAUGGAUGAUUUAAAGAAAAGAACAGGAAAUGAUAUAAAAGAAGAUAAUGGUGAUAACGGUCGUUUGACUCGGCAAAAAGCUCAUCAAAUAGCUACAGGUACUCAUUUGUUCAAGCUAGGAAUGGAUAGUAAUUAUAAAUCGUAUGUUAAUCAAUACACGACGAAUCCUGUAGCUUUAAAUAAGGCUCAAAGAAAUGAAGAACGUGAUAAAAAACGACAUUUAUCCCAUAAAUUUUCUCUAACUCAAGCAUCAGAGUUCAAAUGGGUUGGAACUUUGACUGGAACGAGAGCAUUACUUGUAAGUACAAUCAGACAAACAAUUCUUCAGUUGGAGAGUAACAUUCAAACACCAUUUAUGCAUCCUAACUGGCCAUUAUUGAAGAAACCUUGGACAACAGCUGUUGGUGCUUGUGUCAAUCCUAGAGACUUCGCACGUGCAUUAAUUGUUUUACAGGCCUGUAUCAAAUCUGUAGUAUUCGCUAAUGUUUGGCAUGAUCAGCUGGGACAUGUAAAAUUACAACGAGUGACAGCCCUUGAGCGUGAAGAGAAAAAAAGAUUAGAUAAAAAAGAGAAGAAGGAGAAAGAAGAUGAAGAAGAAAGAAAUCGAUUAACUUAUAACUUUGUUAAAUACUCUCUUGGUUUAAAGCAUCAGGUGUGGAAGCAAAAAGGUGAAGAAUAUCGAGUACAUGGACAAUGGGGUUGGCUUUGGAUAUCAGCAAGUCGUCGAUACAAAUCUGGAGAUACAUCUAAAGUGGGUUUACGAGCAGGACCACAAAAAAUUAUGGUUCAAAUUCGUGAUCAACAAGGUAUUAAAAUCUUAGCUUUGGAUCCACCAACAUAUGAAUUCCUUGUUCAAGAAUAUUGUGAGUCAAAAGCAGUUAAGCAAGAAGAUUUAAAACCUAAGAUCAAAGAAGAAAUAGAACCGGAGCAACCUGAAGAAAAGAAUGAAGUUGAGAAGGAAGAAGUCAAAUCCGAAGUUAAAGAAGAAAAAGAUGUAAAACCAGAUAAAAAAGUAAAUCUUUCAUUUUUAGCUGGAAUGAAAAUAGAAAAAGUUUUCACUCCAAUUGAACGUUUUGAAGAAAUUGAUAUUAUGAAAGCUCUGACGACACCUGGACGUCUUCAUUAUCCAAAAAUCGCCAAAAAAACCAGAAUAGAUGACUUUUUAGCAAGAAGAACUCAUUUAAAAAUACUUGAAGAACGUCGUUUUUCACAGAAUGAAAAAUCUACAGAAUCGAAUAUUAAAAAAGAAGAUGGUGGAACUGAUGCUGAAAAUGAAGAUAAUGAUGAUCGAUCACUUCAAAGUAUGUUAGCUGGUAAAACAAUAAAUAAAUCUUUACCUCCAGCUGUGAAAGAGAUUUUGAUCCCUGUUGCAAAACGUUUUCAACAGGUGAGAACACAUUAUGCAAAUAUCAUGAAGCUUGGUAAAGGGAAUCGUUGUUAUUCUAAUUACUGUAAUAUGACAACACCGACAAGAACCUUGAUUACUAAUCAAAGUUUGACACCGACUUGUUAUUCUCCAAUUUGUCUACAGAAAGCUAGACUCAAACGAGAAUUGGUUAAUCUCCUUCGUAAAGCAAAUGCGUUAAAUAAUCAAACAUCAGCUGGAUUAUCUCCAGCCAUAACCACCGUAACUAAAAAACCUAAUGAAGAACCUAAAGAUGCUAUCAAGAGAGAUUUAGAAUCUGCUGUUGCUUUAGCAACUCAUUGCACAGAGGAAGCAGCAGCAGCUAAUAUUGAUAGUCCUAUUGUCAAAAAAAUAAAAUUAGAAAAUGAAGAAGAUAAGAAAGUUGAAAUCACGAGUACUGUAACAAAAACUGUAACCACAACUACAACAACAACGACAUCAAAAACUGUAAAGACUGUAGAUGGUGUUGUAAAAAGUGUUCAAGAAAGUGAGAAUGCAAAAAAUUUAAUAAAUUCAACAGAAGUUAAAACAGUUAAUAGUAAUAGUAGUACAGUGGUGACGAUUGUUAAUCGGAGAGGAAGAACAGUUCAAAGAAGUACGAUGGCUACUGAAUUGAGUGCUGAUGGGACGACGAGAGUCUAUACUACUGUUAGUACUGAAGGAAAAAUUUAUUUGAAGAAAGUUGCAAUCUCUUUGGCCGAUCGAAGAAAGAAACGUACGCCCGUUAAAUAUCCGUUAUGCUCAACCUUUUGUACUAAAGCGAAGCAAAGAAGUAUACUAUUACUUCCACAAAAUGAACUACGAAAGCUUGCUAGAGGUGGUGGAAGAGUAUCUGUUCAAGGAUUCCAUCAAUUAGCUAAGGCUAAUAUGUCAGUGUGGCCUUACCCCUGUCCAAGGCCUCUUUUCAAAACAUGCUGGUUAUAUCGUACUGUAGGACUAAAAUCUUUGGCAGCUGCUGCAUUGCAAUUGAGAAUACUUUGGGCUUGUUUAAGAUGGGAUGAUAUGGCUACAAAGCCACUUUCAUCUGAUGGAAAACAUCAAGUUACUACUGAUACUGAAAUUAUGUCUUUGGAGAUUUUGAAGCAUCGACAUGUUGGUCAAUUUAUGGACAGAACUCAAUAUUUACGACGAAAAGUUGUCAUUCCAUUGGAACUUCCGAAACAAAUUCGAGAAGUGACGUCAAUAAGAAGUGGAUUGAGAAAACGAAAACGACCUGAAUCACCGCAAAGUACCGAACCUCAAGUGAGUGAAGAGUGGGUUGAUGAAGAUAAACUAGAGCUUUGGGAAAUCAAGCAGUAUGGUGACAGGUUAGAAAAGGCUAAUGCCCAAAUUAUUACUAGGAGUCGAUCAGGUGGACCUCAACAAUCAAUUAUGGCUGGAGCAAAUCGAACUUCAUUGUCUGGAUCAAGUGAUCAAGUUAGUGGCAAAGCUACCCCUGAAGAAAUUAAAGAAAAAAUUGAACAACAAUUAAGAAUUCAGAGAGCUGCUCAUCAACAAAAAAGAGCUCUUGAAAAUACAAUGAAGAAUCAAGCGAAUUCUUCACCAAUUUUUAAAGUUGCAACUCCCAAAACAGAACCUCUCAAAAUUGUAACUAAAGUUGGAAUACCAGUGAAUCCAAAUACUCCACAUGGAAAAUCUCAAUUAACGUCUCUCUUAACAACUCCAACGCAAAAUAAAACUUUUAUCGGUACACGACGUAUUUUUAUGACGAAAUCAGGUAUAGCACCACGAACUGUGGUUGCUGGAUCAACUAGUAUUCUUCCAAAAACCCAAUCACUGAAUCAAACAAAUGCCAAUCAACAAUCCUUGAUAAAAGCUGCAAAUACAACUAAUUCACCAUUAACACCGGUACAACAACGAGUACAAAUUCUACGUGGUCCAGAUGGUAAAUUACAAGUCCGAGGACUUAUGCCAGGACAACAGCUCGUACAAUUGCCUGAUGGCAAACUUCAUGUAUUAAAUACAAGUCAAACAACUUCGGCAUCACCACUUACAUUAACAGUAAAUCAAUCGACGCCCACUGCAACAUCUCAAUCUAAUGUGAAGACCAUUGUGACUAAAGUAACUCCAGCUAAAGGAACUCCAACUAAAAAUAUUACUCCAAAUCCUCAGAGUGUAACCACUCCUCAAACACCAAAAAUAAAACAACAAACUAUUGCAAUAGCUUCUAAUGCUACAGCAGUGUUUACACCAUCCAAAAAUACAUUUGUAGUUGCUAAUCCAAGUCCAAUAGUUAUGAAUAAUGCUAACUUUGCACAACAAUUGGCCGCCGGAAAAGUUGCAUUAGCCACUGUUGGGGGUCAGCAUGUUAUUAUCAAAGGUGCAUCUCCCGGUAAUCAAUUAACACAUUUAAAUUCGACGGGUACUGGACUAGUUUUAAAAACUAAUGUUCAACAAAAAACUCCAGUCGCAGUAGUACAAGCAACUUCUAAUGUUAUAACUUCAACGAUAGCAACUCCAUCAGUAACUACACCAACAGUUAGUACAACAACUUCAGUAUCAUCUUCAACAGGAGCUGCCACAACACCGUCAGUUAGCACAAUAAAUAAUAAUACAACAACGGUGAUGACCCCAUCGACACCAACAGCAUCUGCUCAAUCUACACCAGCACCGGGAAGUAUGGAAGCUUCACUUCUGGCAAAUCAACCACCUGGAACAAUUAUAAAAUGUGUCACAGCACAAGUUAUACAGACCUCAGACGGCCCUAGAAUAGUUCUUCAAGGCAUACAAGGUGCUGAUUUUACUCCACAGCAAUUAGCAAUGGUUCAGCAACAAGUAAAACAACAAUUAGUAAAAGCACAAGCAUUAACUGGAAAGUUGGGAGUUCUUGGCCCCACAAAAAUAUAUCUAGCAGUUCAACCCGCGCCAGGAAGUCAAAUAACUCAGUCUUCUGGAAAUGUGACGACCACAACAAAUACUGCUGUAUCUACUAAUAAUACACCUACUGAUACUACAAGCAUUAAUACAAAUACUAGCACAACUUCAACAGUUGAUUCUGAAAUUGCUUCUAAUACUAAUGCUAUCACUUCAUCACCAUUAACACCUGUACAAAAAAAUCAAACAUUGACGUCAUCAAUUAAAGUAGAAAAUAAUAAUACUGAAGUACCUAGUACACCUGUUCAACCAGACAAACCAAAGGUUGUUGUUCAGCAAGUCAGCAGAACGAGUGUUUCUGAGGAUGAACCACAACGUACGAGUAUAGCUAAUGGACAACAACCAGCACAAACUUCAAAAGAUGCCAGUCCAGGACAAAAUAAAUUUAUUGUAACACCAGAUUAUAUUCAGCAAACGAUAAAGAAUGCGUUAAAACAAGAAAAUCUUACUCCUGACAUUGAAGAAAAACUAUUACAACUCCAGCGUUAUCAGGAGAAACAAAUGAAAGGUACAGACAAUUCAGUGACAAGUAAUCAGUCUCAAAUUCCCACGACUCCAGUAACUAAAACACCAGCUCGUAAAAGACCUGCUCCAGUAAAUGUCAACGUUACAGUAAAUACACCAACGACAACGAAGGAUACUUCUGCUGUUAACAAUAAAGAUGAAGACUGGUCCGAGCCACCACGUAAAAAAGUGACGAUUAAACAAGAGCCAAAGGAAUCACCGAAGACGCCAAAGGUUGAGGAAAUCAAUGAUGCACAAAAGAGUCGAGCGGCGAAGCUGAAGGAUUCUCAGGAAGCUCGAAGGAAGCAACAGGUACAUUCUCGCAUGCAGGUUCUGCUUUUUCGACACAAAGAACUUCUAAAAAAGGAUAUUUUGAAAAAACGUGCGCUGUUGGAAAAGGAGCUGCAGAUUGACAUUCAGAAGGAUCUUUCUGCGGAGUUGACAUCCCGGACGAAAGCUGAGAGGCAUAAGCAGGAUGAGGUGAAGGUUGGAAGUGCCAAGCGGAAAGCCAAUGCACAGACACCACAACAAGUAAGUCCAACCAGUCGGAGUGGGAAGGCAAAGAAAAAUCGGUCUCAGGGUAAUACACCACCUGGUGGAUCUUCUGCAUCAGCUAAUCGGCUUAGGAAGGAGAAACUUUAUUGUUUAUGUAGAACACCGUAUGAUGAAACAAAAUUUUACGUUGGUUGUGACCUUUGUAAUAAUUGGUUUCACGGUGAAUGUGUUGGUAUUACCGAAGAAAUGAGCAAAUCUCUUUCAGAGUUUGUAUGUACUGAAUGUCGACAUGCCAGAGACACUCAGGAACUCUACUGUCUAUGUAAACAGCCUUAUGAUGAAUCUCAAUUUUACAUCUGUUGUGACAAAUGUCAAGACUGGUUCCACGGCCGUUGCGUCGGAAUACUCCAGUCCGAAGCUGACAAUAUUGAUGAAUAUGUUUGUCCUAAUUGUCAGAGAAAUUCCUCUGUCAAUUUUGCAAACAUGAAAAAUCUUGAUACAAAAGAUUUAGAUUUAUUGAAGAAACUUAUAAAACAAAUUCAGGCUCACAAAAGUGCUUGGCCAUUUAUGGAACCUGUUGAUCCAAAUGAAGCUCCAGAUUAUUAUAAAGUUAUUAAAGAACCUAUGGACCUGCAAACAAUUGAGCUAAGGAUAAAUGACAAGUCAUACAAGAAAUUAAGUGAAUUUAUCGGCGAUAUGACUAAAAUAUUCGACAAUUGCCGUUAUUAUAAUCCAAAAGAAUCGCCAUUCUUCAAAUGUGCUGAAACACUUGAAACUUAUUUCGUCCACAAAAUUAAGAGCUUACGAGAAAAAUUUUCGGAGGGGAAAUAAUGUAAUUAGAAUAAUAUAACAAGAAAGAAAACUAAUAAUUCUAAUAAUAAUAGUAAUAAUAAUCAUUAAAAUAAUGAUCAAACGUAAGUACAUAACUUGUAAAAAAAAAAUAUCCAUGAUGAACAGUGAUUUUUGAAAUGGUUCAAUUAGAUUUUAAUUUUCAAGCGUUUUCGUAAAUAAUAGUUUUAUUUAUUCAAAUCGUGUGGGCUAUUAAUGCUUAUUAAAUAAUCAUUAUGAUUAUUAGGCCCUACGAUUUAGUUUUAAUAUCUGUUAAUGAAAACAAAAACACAAAAUAUUAUUUUUAAAUAUUCCUAUUUACAUGGCCCCUUGAAUAAUGUAUAUCAUUUUUGCACAGUGGUUUUACGUGAUAAAAUUAUUAAUAAUGAUAAUUAUAACUUUACGUAUUAGUUUUUAUGUCAUCUCAAACAUUUUUAAUCAUGACUAUACUAAUUUUUAGUUAUGAUAUAACAAAAAAUUAGUGAAAAAAGUGAACAUGAAAAUGAGAAUGGAAUGACAUCUAAGAUAACUCUGAGUGAUAAAUAAAAUAUAUGUGUAAUACAUUUGAAUUUAAAAAACGAUUUGUCUUACAAACAAAAAUAUUCGUAUCCUAGACUAAAAAUAAUUAUAAGGAUGCGCAUAACAAAUUGUACAAAUUUGUUUAUUAUGCUCAUAAGUAAUUAUCAACGUUUAUGUUAUUUUCAUUAAAGAAAUUUUCUAUAAAGUUGUUUAUAAACGAAGACAUAUAAUGUUAAGAUUUAAAAAGAAAAUGAUUAAAUUGCAAAAUAAAUAAUAAUACAAAGUAAUAAGUAAAAUAUAAGCCGCUUUGUAUAUAAUUAGUUGAUAAGGAAGUUGUCAUCAGAUUGAUUAAUGAUCUUUUAAAAGAAAAAAGAGCAAAUGAAAAAGUGCCCCGUAUCAAAAGCUUAUUACACAUGAGGCAGUAUUGUUAAUAGUUAAUUUUAAACAACCAUAAAACAAACGAACUAAAAGAAAAUUAUUAUAAUUACGAUCAACAUCAUAAUCAAUAAGAAUGGCAAUUUUAAUAAAGAAACAUAAUAGUUAUCUUUAUUUCGUAACAAAAAUAACUUGAAAGAUUGUAAUUUCAUUUUGGUGCGACAUUCAAUGUCUUUUUAAUAAAAAAUAAAUAAUAGUAAAAAAUAUAUAUAUAAUUAAUUAAACAGAAUAAACCUUUAUCUUGGAGAAAUUACAUUUUUCCAGACAAUUUAUUUUUUAUUAUUCUUAUUAAUUAUUAUUAUUAUUACUCGAAACUAUGAUUAAUUAUAGGAUAAAAAUUUCUGUCAUUCAUUUUUAAAUUAGGGAGUAUUGAAAUGUCGGGAAAUGAUACAAAUAUUGAUUAAAAAAAAGAAUUAAGAUAGUUUGUUAAAACUCUUUUGCCAAGGUAUUAGCAAAACAUGUACAGUAUUUUUUAUUCAGAUUCGUAAACAAUACCUGGCAAAAUAAUUAUGUAACAAAAUAAAAUCAUUAAUUAAUAAGUAAAAUAAAUAUAAGAAUAAUAAAUAAAAUGAGCGUAGUUUUGUCAAAUGAAAAUUUUUUAAAUAAAGACGUUUUCGUUUAUUCUAUUAAUGGAAAAAUAAUCUUAUAAAUAAAUUGAAAUCUCAAUUUAACUAGAAUUUAAAUAAGUCACUAUUCGUGUAAAUUUGUUUAUUUUAAAAUGCAAUAUUUUAUAAAAUUAUCCACAUACACUAAAUCAUAAAAAACAUUGUAAAUCACUCGUUACGCACGCGUAUCAUACUGCUAAUAAAUAAUAAUAAUUUAAAAAGUAACAAAUACUUGGGAAAAUAUAUUUAAAAAAAAGAAAAUAGUGCCAGUUAUAGUGGCUUAACCACAUUGUAUAAUUAUUCUCAAAUUGUAGUAAUAAGUUUUCAGAUAAAAUUGAAAAGUAUGAAGUACAUAUUUGAAUAAAAAUAAGAAUUGUAAGAGAAAGUGAAAAUGAAAAA